UCCAGAGAUAUGGAUAUCUUCAUAAAGGAGGACUUCAAUUUGCUCGGUAACAUCAGCAAUGAGAGGGAACAGGAGAGAUUAGAAGGCAGUGAAAGCCACAGACUCAACCACAGUGAGCCUCUGGAUAUGUUUGAAGGCAUGGAGCUUCUACUGCGCUUCAAACCUCUCUUCCUGCCUCUUUACAGCCUCAUAGUGGUCGUGGCUGGUGUUGGAAACUCCUUCCUAUUGGCUUGCAUCUUGGCUGACAAGAAACUUCACAACGCCACAAACUUUUUCAUUGGUAACUUGGCGGCUGGAGACCUGCUGAUGUGCUUGAGCUGUGUCCCACUCACUGUGUCGUACGCCUUUGAUAGCCAGGGCUGGGCCUUUGGGAGACCUCUCUGUCACCUGGUCCCUUUGCUGCAAUGUGCCACAGUGUUUGCAUCGGUGCUUUCACUAACCGCUAUUGCUGUGGACCGCUAUAUUGUUGUGGCUCACCCAGUAAGGAGGAGGAUCUCUUUAUGGGGUUGUGGUGCGGUGACUGUGGGUGUCUGGCUUUUAUCACUGGCCCUUGCUGCGCCUCCAUCCCUCUACACGCGUUAUCUGGAUCUACGUCCCAGCGGCAUGGACCUUGUUGUUUGUGAAGAGUUCUGGCCAAAUAGUGGCAACCUGCGGCUUCUGUACUCAUGCUUCAUUCUUAUAGCCUCAUAUAUGAUCCCGCUGCUGUCUGUCAGCUUAUCUUACUGUGCUAUCACCGUUAGCCUAAAACGCUAUUCAGUGCCUGGGGAGCUGUCCAAUAGCCAGCAGCGCUGGAGCCAAAGGAGGAAGAAGACCUUCUCUCUGCUGGUAGCCUCAGUGCUGGCCUUUGCCCUGUGCUGGCUGCCCCUUCAGGUGCUGAACUUGUUGCUGGAUCUGGAUCCAGAUUUCCACAUCAUUGGAAAGCGCUACAUUAAUGUCCUACAAGUCUGCUGUCACCUAGUGGCCAUGAGCUCUGCCUGCUACAACCCCUUCAUCUACGCCUCCCUGCACAGCAAGGUGCGCAUGCACUUAAAAGGGUACUUGUGUCCUUGCCGCCACAGAGGGAUGGUGGAAAGAUCGACUUCAAGGAGCUAA